UUUUCUGCUGAACGAAAGAUUUAUUUUUUCUUGACUGCAUAAACAUUUUCGACGGCUGACGAAUAUACGAUGCGACUCAAGCUGUUUUUGGUGUUUGCCUUCCUAUUGAUCCCACCCGCACACAGCGUGAUUCACAGGGCCGUGGAUAUAAUAGAGAUGAUCAGAGAUGUGACCAACGCAAUAUUAAAGGUCUGUGAUGUGGUAGAGUCUCUAGAAGAUAAGGUCACCGGCACCCAUGACAAGCAGGGCCAACUGAUGAACCGCAUCGAGGUGGUGGAUGACCACAUCCGUAAUUUGGAGCAAAUGGAAUCUCUUCGCACUGCCCUGACCAUCGAGACCUUGAUCCAGGAGCUCCACCAGCAAUCCCAGCUACAGCACAAGCUGAAUCUGGUCAACGACCUCACCAGAAUCGUAAAAUCGCGGUACGCACAGUUGGGAGACUAUAUCCAGCAUAAGCAUGCUCUUGAGCCGGCCACGCUUCUAAAAUUUGCCGAGUGGAACGUGGACCCAGGCCCAGGUUCGUUGGCUAUGCAGCUGGAGCUGAUACAUUCGGUUCUAUUUGAGGAUGAGGGGCAGGCGGACAACAAGACCGACUUUGUCAACACGCUGCUGUCUCAACUGACGCUUAACUACGAGAAAUCACCGGGACAGAUGUGCAUGGCCAAACACUCGGCCCAGCAAUUUCCAUUUCAGCUCUACACAAGUGUAGCCCUCACCGAGCUCAAGGCCUACAGUAUGAUGGAGUUCUCCUGGAUGAUCCAGCGGGAGCUCGGGAAGGGCAACUUCACGCAGGAGAUAGCUUUGAUGCGCAAUAACUACGCCCGGCGUAUGGAAUCCUCCGUGAGGGUUCUUAGUCAGGUGAUGGCUCGCAGCGGGCGUGUCUACUGGCGCUGUGAUCCCGGAAAGGAUAAGCACGUCUCCGGGGAGACCUACGAUCGGGCUACGCGUCUCCUGCAGGGCUACGUGGAGAACGAGGCCAACUUGGGCGAGAACCAGGGAUGCUGGGGUACCUGUGGCGACUAUCCGGACACUCGCUCCAAUGGCUGCUACAAGGGAGACAAAGAGCUUUGCGGCAAGCAGACGCCUUGCAACGGAAGACUCUAUAACUGCGACGACAUGGACUCGGAUGUGGAGAUCUGCCCGUCUGAGGGGAACUCUUCGCGACGCUAUGAAUACAUUCAAUCUGAUGAUGGGGCAACUCUCGGCAGGAAGAGCUCCAACGGCAGAUGCGAGUCGGCCACUAAAACGGCCUCAUCAGGGUGGUACUAUAUGCUCUGGCGCUGCUCCUACUGCUUCUGCCUGUGCGACGAGCAGGGACCUCUCUCUGAUCGCUACUUUAACCUGCGUGACUCGCUGUCGGACUUCAUGGAGAACAAGGUGGUAACAGGUGUGCGCUUCGUGAAGAGUAAUCGCGUCUUUCACUUGCAGCUGCAGCAGGGCGAGCUCUUGCCUCGUGGAGCAAUCAAUGUGUCCUCUCUAGAAUGGCUGCCGCUAGACUCAUACCACCUUAACGAUGUGGAUGUUCGCAACGACUACGACUACCACACUCUCACCGUCGACAGCCGCGCCAUGGACCUGGACGAGAUAACUUCCGGCUCGAACCGCUCCCUUGUGGUGACUGGGGCCCGCUUUCGUGUCUGGCACAAGCACCUCAACCUGGAGGUGCGGUUCAGCUAUUUCGACUUCCCCACUGGACGCCUGGUGGAACCGAAGCGCAACAGCGUCUGGUUGAACAACAGCAACACGGAGAAAACCAUCGAAAAGCCACGUCAAGAGCUGAUCGUCAAAGAGGCUGAUGUGCCCACAGCCGCAGAUCAGCCCUCGUUGCCGCUGUCCACAUCGAAUCAGUAUAUGAACUUUUUCAGCUCCAGCAAGGUGAAAGACGCGUCCCAGAACACUUUGCCCUUCAUUGAUGUGCAGGAGGUUGUGCCCCAUCCGGCAGUACCUCUGGCCGGCCUAGGCAUCUUUUACAAGAGUCGUCCUGGUUCCGGAGGCUUCUUUGCCCCCAAGGUUGUUACCUAUGAUUACUCGCAGUAUCUCAAGGAAGUAUCUCUCUCAACAAUCCAAGAUGAUAGUUAUUAACUUGAAAAUGAAUAUAUGAUAUAAUAAUAAUAAAAUAAAAUAGCUGUUAGCUAUU